AUGGAGGAGGAGGAGGAGCAGCCGGCUCAGGAGACCAAUGCGGACCCCGCGGAGACCUCGGCAGCUGCAGAGGUGGCGCCCAGGGUGCCUCCCGAAGAACCCCAGAACCUGUGUUCCUGCUCCCGAGACCACGCGGUGCUGGCCGGCAAGGGGGCGCCGCGCCCGGCGGACGCGGACGCCUUCCACCUGCUGCUGGAGAUGAAGCUGCAGCGGCGGCGUGCGCGGCCCCGGCUGCCGCGCACGGUGACCGAGCUGGUGGCCGAGGACGGCAGCCGCGUGUACGUGGUGGGCACGGCCCACUUCAGCGACGACAGCAAGAGGGACGUGGUGAAGACCAUCCGCGCGGUGCAGCCGGACGUGGUGGUGGUGGAGCUGUGCCAGUACCGCGUGUCCAUGCUCAAGAUGGACGAGCGCACGCUGCUGCGCGAGGCCAAGGAGCUCAGCCUGGAGAAGCUGCAGCAGGCCGUGCGGCAGAACGGGGUCAUGUCGGGGCUGAUGCAGAUGCUGCUCCUGAAGGUGUCGGCCCACAUCACGGAGCAGCUGGGCAUGGCGCCCGGCGGCGAGUUCCGGGAAGCCUUCAAGGAGGCCAGCAAGGUGCCCUUCUGCAAGUUCCACCUGGGAGACCGGCCCAUCCCCGUCACCUUCAAGAGGGCCAUCGCCGCGCUCUCCUUCUGGCAGAAGGUCAAGCUGGCCUGGGGCCUGUGCUUCCUGUCAGACCCCAUCAGCAAGGACGACGUGGAGCGGUGCAAGCAGAAGGACCUGCUGGAGCAGAUGAUGGCGGAGAUGAUCGGCGAGUUCCCCGACCUGCACCGCACCAUCGUCUCGGAGCGCGACGUGUACCUGACCUACAUGCUGCGGCAGGCCGCCCGGCGCCUCGAGCUGCCCCGCGCCUCCGACGCUGAGCCCCGCCAGUGCAUGCCCUCCGUGGUGGUGGGCGUCGUGGGCAUGGGCCACGUCCCCGGCAUCGAGAAGAACUGGACGACCGACCUCAACAUCCAGGAGAUCAUGACUGUGCCGCCGCCGUCCAUCUCCGGCAGAGUGUCCCGGCUGGCCGUGAAGGCCACCUUCCUGGGCCUGCUGGGCUACGGCCUGUACUGGAUGGGGCGCCGCACCGCCAGCCUGGUCCUGUCGCUGCCCGCCGCCCAGUACUGCCUGCAGCGGGUGUCCUCGGCCCGGCCGGACCCGUAA